GCCUACGAAGUCAUUGCAGGUAACUUAAAAGAGAAAUGCCUGAUAGUGCUUCUGUUUCUCAUUGGAUAAAAAUAACCUCGAAGCUGAUUCGCAAUGAUGAUGAAUAACCAGUGAAGACAUACAGCAUUUUCUGAAAUAUUCAAUGUUCUCAUCAUGAAGAUCUCUCUUCUGCAGCAGAUGUAUAAGGACGUGCUGGUUGGCAUUCCACUGACAAAGGAAAGCCACCAUUAUACCUCUCUACUUAAUCCGUGUGUUGAACAGUCAGCAGAAGGAGAUGAAUCAUGUCAUCGGAUGCAUCUGUCAUCUACUAAUGGUGGUAUUGGGAGCCACCAGGACACUGAGAUGCCAGGUGCAGUUGUCACUACGACAGAUGAUGUAUCAAAUAGCUUUGCAAACUUGAGCUCUUCAUUUUGUCCACGAGAAGUGAUGCUGCUUCAGUUAACCUUGAUCAAGAUGAUGGCUGCUAAAGCAGAGUCCCAGGAAACAGAGUUCAGUAUGAGACAGAAGUACUGUGAGAUCUUUGUCCUUCUUCUGAAGGAGGCAAAAAUUGACUCAAAAUUGGUUUGUCUGCUCGGUAGUUGUGAUCAGCUGUUAUCUCACAUGGCUUCAAGAAGUUUAGCUUCUCUUGUGUAUUUCCAGCUGAAGGAAGAGAACACAUUGAAUGUCACCUGGCUCACCUUCAGUUUGAAGACUCUUUCAGGAUUCUCUGUGAACACCCGGGUAGCACAAUGUCUGUGGACCCUUACAACUAUUGUCAAGGACAUACUGAAAGAUAAAGCUUUGCCUAAAGCAGGUAUUUUGAAGAAGUUGUUGGCUCCCCUUGAUGCUGUGCUGGAAGGAUUUUAUAAUUCCAUUCUGUUCCAUCGCUUUGACAGUCACCACUAUGCUUCACCUUAUUCUGAAGAUACAAACACUUUGGUCAGUUUUAUAGAUCUACUUGAAGCACUUCUGGCUUCCAGAAUUGAAUUAGAACCACUCAGAUGCCAGAGAAUAUUGUUCUUGAAAGUGUCUCAUGUCCUGGAUGUCAUUAGCUCACCAGUUCACUAUUUAAUCAAGAAGAAGUUAAUUUUGCUCCUUAAAAAAUGUGUCCUUUACAAGCCUAGAGAAGAUGCUAAAUGUGGAUCGCUCUUUUUCCAAACACCAUCUUUACAUGAGGAUAUGCUUGCACUGAGUAAUGCUGUCCUGCAGCUUGUGGAUUUGACUUGGCUUAAUCAGAUCCCACUCAGUGAAAAGACCAGCUACUUUGGAGGCAGUGAAGCUGCUCCUGGAGAUAGUACUCCAGGUGGUCCUGACCAAACUGUUCUCAGAGCCUUAAGUCUGGUUGUGCUUAAAGCAUUGGAAUUCAAGUUUCAGAACUCCUCUACAGAAACUGAAAUCAAAGGAGACUUCCAGAAUUCCAUGUCCCAGCUGUUGAUGUUCUGGAUGAAUCAUCUGAAGUCUUCCCCACAGUCUCGCCCAGUUGUACAUCACUGUGAAUGGCUGUCCUUGGUUUUCAUAGAGCAAGAUGAUGAUAUGUGGGAAGCUGCUAAAGCUUUAUUACUCAUUUAUUUAAAAUUUGAUAGGUUACGGCAUGACGCUGCUCAUAACUUAAGCCAAAAAGAGGAGGAAAUCUGGAACUUCCUUACGCAUGCAAGUGGAUAUAAUCCUCACUGUAUCUUUCUAUUUUUUCUUGAAAAAAUUGCAUUUGAUUCCACAGUACUUCUAGAUUUUCUGAUUUCAUCAGAAACUUGCUUUCUGGAGUACUUGGUAAGGUACUUAAAGCUUCUUGGGAAAGACUGGCAUCAACUUGUAGAUGUCUGUAACCAUUUUGAUACCAAACAUAGUGCUUUUCAAUCAGUUUCUUCUGUCAAGCCACCCCAUCAAGAAAAACAAAGCUGUAAGACUGAUGGGAGUUUGCAAAAUGCUUGUUGUGAACCAGAACCACAGACUCUGGUAUCUUUGGCUGUUUCUCACAAUUACUUUGCACUUACAACAGAGCAAGGUGAUAAUGAAGUUGUAAAGUCUAACCGGUCUAACUUCUUGAUAGGCACUGAUGGCACAUCUCUUCUGGGUUCUCUUCAAAGCCUUGUUAAUUAUGACAGCUCAGAAGACUCUGAAUUAGAAUCAGAUGGAAAAGACUGCUUGCUAAACACAAAGCAGGUGCCUUUAAAUAAUGAGGGUGAAAUGGGGAUAAGGGAAGCUGGUUGCAGCUACAUGGAUGGUGAAUGGAAUACACUCCAGGCUGAAGUGUUGCCUGUGAAACAAAAGGGAUCUAAUGCCUCAUCCAGUUUGACUUCUAUGGCAUCUUUGGAUAAUGUCAUUCCCCAAAGGAUAAUGCUUUACAAAUCAAUAAAAUGUUUGGAAGAACUGCAGAAAGCUAUUUCUAGGUUGCAGAGAAGGGAUCUUUUCCCAUAUAAUCCAUCUGCGUUGUUGAAACUACUGAGCCACAUUGAGCAUAUCAGUAAGAACAUGAAUCCACAAUAGUCCAAAGAUGUUUCCUAGUGGCUUUUUUACCUAGUACACAUGGAAAUGUUUCCAUGAGAUGAAUGACUUCUGAAGCUCAUGCCUCUUGCACCUGGGAGUGUAUUACCCUGAAACAGGAUAAACAUGUUAUUGGUUGACACCUUAAAAAUCUGCUGUUGCAUUCAGUGCUAUCCCUUACCUUAGGGUCCCAGGCUUAUUCAUGGUAUGUAUGUCAGCGUAUGGUAUGCAAGGACUAAUUGUUAGGUAUUCAAAAAUUGAUAAUAAAUGACUAUGUGAAAGCUUAUCAACAAUAGAUGAUACUUAAAGUAUUGUCAAUUAUACUUAAUGUCAUUCUAUAUGAAGUCAUCGCCAGAUUGGCGGUGAUUCAUGGACUACAAUGAAAUGUUAAUGUGACACUUGACUGCUUAGAGGUUGAGCUAAAUAAAAUAUUUCAGCGGG